UUGCCUCCAGGCCAGGCGCCAAGGCCUGCAGGUUAGGGAGCGUGGGGCCCUGGGCCCUGCUGGGGGGAUGGGAAGGCCGUCCCCUGGCCCGCCCUCCCCUGCCUGGCAUCUGGCAGCGGCCUCCCGUCCCGUGACAGGGACAGCUGCAACGGGCACAGCCCGGGAAGGUCAGACGCUGAAGGGCCCUUCCUAGUGGACAGACGGACGAGCCCCGAGGCCCACCGCACACCAUGUCCGCGCUGACCGGGGCCGCCAGGCUGCUCCGGGCCCCCCUGAGAAGCCUCACGCUUCCCCGGGCCCACAUCUCGGCCCGGCCGGCCAGGGAUCCCACCAGCUCCGGAGAGCAGGCUGCUGCCUUGCUGGUCACCUUCGUCACCUUCCUGGGCCCCCCCGGAUGGAUCCUGGCGCACUUCGACAGCUACAAGCAGGGCUCCGCCUAGCGGGCGGCCCGCAGACGCUGCCCGGAGCCGCUCAAUAAAGCUCUCUCGCACCCA